GUUGGACGUUGAGCUGGAACAGCAACCAUGGAUCCCCCUUCCCUCCAACCUCGCCUUCCUCUGGAACUCCUCAUGAUUGUAAAAGAGUCGAUUCCAAUCUCAGACCUCCGUACGCACGUCUGUUUCUACAAUACGUGCCGAGCGUUUGCUUCAUGGUAUGGCAGUACUGGCGAGCAAGCUGAUUUCUGGCGACGAUCAUGUUUGCUUGCGGGUCUAACUUUCACCGGGCGCGAUUCAUCGUACAAGGAUAUUGCGUUCGAAUGUAUUUCCCAGGAUGGUUUCUGCUCGCAUCCUUCUUGCGGCGGUAGCCAAUUAGAAUGGAAUGCCAAACAGGUAGCGAUUGCAAUGCAAUGCAAAGGUGGUUGGGAUCCCGAAGAAGCCCCAUGGCACAGUGCCACAUGGGACAAUGAGUCUGGAUUUCCCACCCCGAAACCCAACAGGAUUUUUGCCCAUCUUGCCUUCCGGAAAUCAAGGCGAACGGGCUCUAACAAAUUGGACGACGUAUUCCUCCGGAAUGAUGCAGCCAAUAUUCCGUAUGACAAGCGUGCCUUGCGUUACCACCCGAUUGCCUGGCGUAGCAUUGCUACUUUUCCUGGACUCGUCGCAAUGAAGCUAUCUUACCCAGGUGAAGCCGGACGUGUCAUUAAUGAGGCCACCGAUUAUGUGUCCAUGAAGGCGAAAACGACGCCCCUUAAUGUCUUGAGUGUCGUUGACAGCAUAAGGAGAGGGCUCGACGAUGGAUUAGAGGUGUCUCAGUUGUGCGAAUUACUGGACGGCUGUUUCGCGUGUGUUCAACCGCCCACGCCUGUGGUAUUUGUGGAUGAGCUCAAGAAAUUUCAAACCCUGCGCGGUUUAUGGGCAGUAAGCCGGUGGGAUGGUCUAGAAUUUGAUGGAACAUGGGAGUUCCCAGAAGAAGCAGGAUUCAUUCACCGAUUUUCACGCUUACGGGAGGAUACAUUUGCACGGGAGCAACAAGAAGAAGACAUUCUUGAUCACGGCGACUUCUCAUGAUUGUAUUCUCAAUAUCGUAAUUUGGAUGCGAACCCCGAUGUAAACAUCGGACUUCCCUGACAUCGCGUUCGGCCAUUCACGAGUCUCGUUAUAUUGAACCUGCAUCCCGGACGAAUCUACGAUAGUCCCCGAAUUCAGAUCUACACCUACUUCUUCAGGAGAAUCUCUAGCUACGAUCAAGAUGUUUUCGUCCUUCGUGCCGUGUCUGCUUUUAUAACACUUGCGGUACAAUUGUGGCGCUCUAUGAAGAGAAGUGGAGCAAACGUGUUUUUGGAAACGAUCUUGUCUCCUCGUCUUGUCAAUGGUCUCCUCUCCUGAUGCAUCGUACAUGGAUGUUACAUUCGAAUGUAUUGCUCGAGAUGGCUCCCAUAUACGCCCUCGUUGUGGUAAUAAUUUGCUCAGAU